AUUACUGAGUUCUCUGUGGAUACUGUCAAAAGAAAGUAUCUGUCUUAGAUACUAACAAGUGGUCAGAAAAACUGUAGCACUGGCUUUUUGUCUUUGUUGUUAAAUGGUCGUUCCGAAGUCUGGAGGGCUUCCAGUUUUAGGCAGAUGACUGCAGAGAGAAACUGUCGGUGUCAUACGUGUAGUGGUGAUUGUCAGGAUCUGCUUAGCUGUGUAAGAAAUAGAGCUUCUCACCAAAAGGUAUCAGUUUUGAGGUUGAGCUGCAUCACGAAAGGAUUUCAUGUUAAAUUUGUUGGAGUGCCUGCCGGAUGCUUACCAAUGAGUGUAUUCAAUCAUAAAAAAAAAUAUUUCCUAUGCUUUGUGAAAGAAUCAUGAGGGACUGUGCAUAACCAGGGUUGUCACAGAUAGUUAAAAAACACAGAAUCUGUAGUGCUGGAAAUGCUAUGCUUUAUUUUCUUAAAUCGUGUCUUGGUACAGUAGAUGUAAUUUUUAAAAAAACACUGUAUUUCCUCUUUCAGGUGUCUUGCUGUAUGUGUUAUCUUUAAUUUUUUCUUUCAGUGCUAAGGACAGACUGGUUAUAUUGAAGUCUGGCUAUAUUGUUGGCUUUCUUAUUUUUGACAAUUUCUUAAAAAUUGGGGUUAGAACUGCAGUUUCUCAGGAAAAGAAAGUUUCAGUGAAUGCUGUUACGAGGAUUUUCAACAUACGUCAGUGAUAAUCUCGUUGAAACAAUUUAAUAUCCGAGUAGGUUUUAUCUCUUGCAUUUUUUAAUCAAAUAUGGCUCUGAAAGGCCUCUUAAUUUUCUCCCUCUAUGCUUACUUUUAAAGAAGAUGAUGAGGUGGUGUUAGUGUUGGGUCAAGACAGUUCAGCUGUCUGCCCUCAUACAGGCUGUAACUCAGUCGCAGAAAAGCUCGGGGUGGGGGGGCAGGUGUGGGGAAUGUGUCAGGGCCCCGCUGUAACCUUGCUGAGCCCUUGCAACUGGAUUUUCAUCAGCUGCUUCACCCCUCACCUCUCUGCAGUUGUGGAGGAAGGGGGAUGUGACACAGAUCUCCCCUUCACCUGAGGAGGAAAACUGAUUUUCCUCUCUUUUAAAUUUUGUUAGAAACCGCUGUGACGUGUUACAAGAGUUCAGUUUCUUGAUUUUUUUUUUUUUCUUUUAUUCAUUUGACUUCAGUGUGGAAUGUUAUAGUUUCUUUGGAAAACGUUUUUUAUGAAACAACUAAUGCAAAAAAUGUGAUGUGUUCUUGUUAACUUCUGUUGCUUCAGCAUUUAGGGGUUUUUUUGCAAAACUUGGUGUUUCUUUUCUUCUGUGACCUGUAGAAAACAAUGCACGUAGACAUACUGCUUUUACGGCGAUGAGGUUAGACUGUACUGGUGUGAAUUAAGCGUAGCUGAUGUUUAUGGAUUAAGAGUAGGUGAUACGUAUACUCUUGGUUCAGAUUAAGACUGACUUUUUCCCAGCAGCCUUAAAAUUUCAGGGGAGAGCAGUUUCCCUGGUUUGAUCUAUCACAUGUCCACCAAAACAUUUGUUGUAGUUGGAGCGAGCAAAGGGGCUGGUAUUUAUUUCAGAAGCUGGGAGCUGGUGCUAACUCGAAAUGUUCGUUAGGCUGUGACACCAUUUCCACAAAAGCACUGCCCAGACAGCUGUCAUUUCUAUAUAUUCAUCCAGGCUGCCUGACAACAAAAUGAUGUUUAUUCCCAUGGAGGCCACUUGCACACAAUAGAAAAUAGCGUACGCGAUUUAGUAAUCGAAACAAGUCUGACUGCUCUUUGAAAAACUAUGGGGAGAGGAAGUUUUUUGUUAAAACUAGAUGCUUAAAAGCACAAAAAGAUAAUGCCUUAAUUUAUUUUCUUCGCUCUUAAAAGUCUUCUGAGAAAAUGUUUGCCUCUGCUCCUGUUUUAAGUUUGAGAGGAAUGUAUUUCCGAUUAAAUUUCGAACUGCUCCAGGUAGAAGGGGAAACGGAGUUUGAAUGCAAGUAGUCCUGUGAAUACGAUGGCUUAAAGCUUGAGAAAUUAGGGAGUUGUUGAAUUGGUAAUUAGCUGCGACUUGUAAGUCAGAAUUUGUCUGAGACUCUCACAGCUUAUGCUCCGUAUUUUUUCCACCUUUAACACAACAUUUGCGUUGCUAACGUAGUCAAAAGUUGGAGAAGAUACGAGGAAGUGUGUAAAAUGCACUGCAUGCUGUUUGUUCUUCUGAGCUGGAAGAUUGAAUGUUUGUGUGUCAUCCAAGAGAAACAGUCUACCAACCGCUGCCACGUUUUCAUCUAUUGGUAAACAUCAGCUGCUGGUUGGUCUUGAGGGAGGAAGACUGAAUUAGUUCCAGAUGGAGAACUCCUUCAGUCCAUUUAAGACUUUCCGGUUGGUUUAAGACAGGAGGUCAGUAAUUUAGGGGGGAGUAGUUUUGUUCUUAUUUGCUGUUCUGCUUCCUGCCAUGUGUGGAAUCAGUCAUAUCAAAUGUGAUAUCGAGGUGCUGUUGAGGGUGGGAGCUCCGUUGUGUUUAAUUGCUGUCGUGUUUAAUUGCUUUUGGGUUUAAUCGAGUAGUAUAAACAGAAAAAGUAUUAACAGAGUUGUGAUAAAUAACCAUUCUUAAUUUAGAAGUUGGGGGGUUUUUAUGACCCGAAAACGGAGGAGGAGUCAAGAAUCCAUUUUUCUUAACAAAUUCUCUUAAAGAAUGCGUAUCUUCCCUCAAAGUUCUGUCUUAAACCAGAUUAACACGAGUAUAUGGUUUAAUGUGAGUGUGUCAGAGGGUCUUGUACCUCGGGGUGCUGCUAGCAGGAUUUCCUGGUAAAAUGAAAGGAGAUAAGGGGAUAAGGAUGGAAACUUUCUGUGCAUGGCUGUAGUAACAGAAAUAGAGAACGUAAGGAAUGGAAAAUUUGUGUAAAGUAGCUGCUCUUUAGGACAUGAAAACUGACAGGAUAUAUUUAACUCUUUAGUACCUAUUUAUGAUUUGAGAUGCCACACUGGGCAUGAGGAAAACGGUGUCUCCUGUUCACGUGCUAGCAGAAUUAGGGCAGGUGCAGUAGCUCUUGUUCCAACUCUUCUAUUUUUGCCUGCCAUUGAUUAUUUCUUGUGCUGCCAACGUUUGAUGCAUUGUAAUAUUAUAGUCUCAUUUCAGACAGCUUUUCCAACUUGUCCACUGAUUCACUUCCCCACCAAGAAUUACUUUUUAACCCUCUAAGGUCCACCAUCUUGUCUAUCCAGCAAAUGUGCUUCUGAAGAAACAUAUUUAGAAUUUAAUUUCCCCUAUUGUUUGUUUGUUGAGGGGCAAAAGAGGUCCUGUCCGCCAUUUAAUUCUCAUCUGAUUAAUCCUGGGGGAUUUUUUGCUCAUAAAACACUGACUGCAAAAUAAAAUGCAGUAAACCCAAUAGUGUGUUUUACUGAUGCAGAUAAGCUGCUCAGGUGCAAUUUCUUUCUUCAUACAGACUUUGAAUCUGUUAGCAUUAUGAUGCGAACUAACAUCACAUGACUUGAGAAGAAUAAAGGUCACACUGUGUUUUGGUUAUUCUCCGUACUCUUCUACUGUAACUUGCCACCUUUCAUGUAAUUUGUAAAAGGAGAAAGCUCUAGUUGCAAACGAUUUAAUGCUUUUUUCUGUCAGAUCUUUUAAAAAGACUAAGAAUUAUUGCAACUACUGAUACUGAAUUGCAAGCUAGAACAGUACUGCAGUGGCAAAAUAAUGGUGAGUUCUUUACUAAAUAGAGAACAAGUCUGGUUGGAAAGCUCUUGGAAAUAUUUUCCUACUUUGUUCAUCCAAAUCUCACAGUUAUCAGGAUAACUCUUACGUUACUGGAAGUUUUAGUCCUUGGUUAUUGAUUGCUUACUUUGACUUGAGAUAAUAACAGGUUAAUUAGUACUAAGGCUACAGGCUCCUGCCCAGAUUUUCUGGGUUCUGAAGAUUUUUUUCUGUUGAGUGGUUAUAAGACCUUAGGUUAUAAGACCUUAGACUGAGAUCAAAGAAAGUGUAGAAUCUUGAAGAGGGGUUAAUUAUAAUGGAGAAGGCUGUGUUGACAUGCUUUAGAAGAGAAAGAGUUUAAUCACAUAGUCUUGUGUGUGUGUGUGUGUGUGUGUGUGUGUGUGUGUGCUAUUUUAGAAUUAAAAAAUCUCCCUUAGAUAAGUUCUUAGUGCUUAAUCUUGGUAUCAUGAUAUUAGGAGUACAAAAUCCAGUCUGAAAGAUAAGCUACAGAAGUCUUUAUCGUUCACAAACUGCAGGUGAAAUGUGGUAUCUUUGCUGCAUUAGGGAUUUAAAAUGUCAUUAUGUUCAGAGCUACAUGUCUUUUCCUUCUUUUUUUUUUUUUUUUUCAUUCUUAGGCAGAAAAAAUGGAGUAGACCACAUGAAGAAGCAUGUGAAGUUUAUUUUCAUGCAAGAUGUGAUUCGGAGGACCAAGUACACUUUUUCAGGCCAUGGGAGAUGAAAGAUGAAUCACACAAUAUUUUUGUUCCGUCGAAGUGUUGUUCUGUGCUAAGUCAAUGUUGGUUUGUAUUAAGGACAAAUAUUAAUUUUUUAAUGUCAGAAUGUCGACUGUGACAAGUGCUCAGACACAAGAGGAACCGAAUCCUCCUCCCCUUGAAGAAAAGCCAAAGGGAAAAUCACUAUUUCAUUUGGGUUCACUCUUUGCCAACAGGAGUGAAAAGUUUGUAAUUGCCAGGAGCGAUAGUGUGCCGGAGGAGAACGUCCUGAAAAUCACUAUCACGGAGACUACAGUCAUUGAGUCGGACCUGGGCAUUUGGAAUUCCCAUGCUCUCAUCUACCUCACUUUGUGGUUUUUCUUCAGCUUUUGCACUCUUUUUCUUAACAAAUAUAUUCUUUCAUUACUGGAAGGAGAGCCCAGCAUGCUAGGUGCUGUUCAAAUGCUUUCAACCACCUUCAUUGGCUGUAUAAAAAUGUUUGUUCCAUGCUGCUUGUAUCAACACAAAACACGCAUCUCUUAUCCACCCAAUUUCAUCAUGAUAAUGCUGUUUGUUGGAUUAAUGAGAUUUGCAACAGUAGUCUUGGGUCUUGUCAGCUUGAAGAAUGUGGCAGUUUCAUUUGCAGAGACUGUUAAAAGCUCUGCACCUAUUUUUACUGUUAUCAUGUCUCGGAUGAUAUUAGGAGAAUACACUGGAUUGCUGGUUAAUCUCUCUCUCAUUCCUGUCAUGGGCGGGCUAGCUCUGUGUACAGCUACUGAAAUCAGUUUCAACAUCCUAGGCUUCUCGGCAGCUUUAUCUACUAAUAUCAUGGACUGUUUGCAAAACGUCUUUUCCAAAAAACUACUCAGUGGAGAUAAAUACAGAUUUUCAGCCCCAGAGCUUCAGUUCUACACAAGUGCUGCUGCAGUGGUUAUGCUUAUUCCAGCUUGGAUAUUUUUCAUGGAUGUGCCUGUGAUUGGGAAAAGUGGAAGGAGCUUCAGCUACAACCAAGAUGUUGUUGUACUUCUCUUAAUAGAUGGAGUCUUGUUCCACCUGCAAAGUGUUACAGCCUAUGCCUUGAUGGGAAAAAUUUCUCCUGUGACUUUCAGUGUUGCUAGUACUGUGAAGCAUGCGCUGUCAAUCUGGCUAAGUAUUAUUGUGUUUGGUAACAAAAUCACAAGCCUCUCGGCCAUUGGGACUUUUCUGGUGACAAUUGGAGUUCUACUCUAUAACAAGGCAAAGCAGCAUCAACAAGAGACUAUACACAGCCUGGCGGUUGCAGCCCCCCAAUCCCCACAAAGUACAACUGAAGAUACUGAGCCACUAAUUUCCAAGGAUUUGGAACCGUAUGAUUAAUAUGGCCAUUUAUUCUCCCAACCUAGCGUAACUCAGAGGAACUAUCCCUGAACGUGGUGGUUUCUUCAGCUGUUGAUGCUAAUUUGAUUCCUUUAAGUUCGUGGCAAGUCAAGCCUGGGACUUGAAGCAGAGAGAAAACAAUGAGAAGAAUCCAGUAAGCCUUGAUUCAUGGAGAAACUGAUAAACCAAACGGGGGAACCUAGUCAUUUAAUGUGGUAAAUGUGGGCUUUAUUGUCUUUCCUUGACUGCAAAUAGCAUACAAGCCUAUAUUAGAGAAAGAACUUCAGUGUCUUGUGGGAAAACCAUUCCUUUCUCCCUACCCAUCAAAAUAAUGUGAAAACACGGACACAUCACUGUAUUCCGCUUGCUGGUGGAAUGAAAUCGGUGCAGAACUGAAAUUCCUGCAGAACUGAAAUUCCUAGUUGUUUGUUACUCUGCGCUGCCUGCAUCCUCCAUCAUUUGUGUGCGUUGUAGAGCUGGAAGAAGGAACCCCUCUCCUCUCCCAACAAAUGACUUACUCUGGUAUACGUGGAGUUGAACCAAACUGUGGAAAUGAGUCCAUGCCCCAAAAUAGUUAUGAGCAGCUAUUUCUGACUACAAAUCUCGGAAUGAAAACCGAUUUUUCUACUAAAAUUUAACACGGAAAUAUCGAUCCUGGUUGUAUACUGACAAUAUUGAAAUGCAAAUGUACAAACGUAUACAUACACUGUAUAAAUGGAGUGUUGAAUUAAAUAUUUGCAGUUGCUUAAAGGUAAAAAAACACUGAAAAAUUUUGAUGGUAAAGGCAGCAGGAUCUCUAUAUUUCUAUAAGAAGCCAUUUUAAUAUUUUAAUUUCUUGUGGUUUAUUAUGUAUUUCUGUUAUGAGGUAAUAAAUUGAUUUUUAGGCAUUAUUUCUAAGAGUGCAGCAAAAUACUGCCUUUUAGAAACUCAGGGUUAUAAUUCUGACCUUUGUGUAAAGUAUUUCUAUCAUUUCCAGUUAUGAAAAGGAUCUUGGAGGUAUCUGUGACAGAGAUGGAAGAGAAGUCUCUGAAGGGAGGAACAUUAAACAUAAACUGAGGCUAAUCUUUAUUCCUACUGCUCUUAAUAAGUUUUCUU